CUUUUCAGCCAAGGUUUUCACCGGACCAUACUUCGGAUUAAUGGCAAACCCAGCCACUCUCGUCCAUGCACGUCCAAAUGUGGAGUGAUGAAUUGAUGAUUGUUUUUCGUGUUUUUCACGCCAAAAAUGAUUUUGGUUCGUUUCUAAAGCUAGCGCAGAUCCAUUUGCCCUAGCGUUGCUGUACUCCAGAAAGUUCCAUUCCAUGGCUGCUGUGGGCGAAAGCUCUUCGGCUGUGGCGACAUCCAAGCCAGUGGUGGUUAGGGUUAAAAGAAAAUCCUUUCAGUCACCAAUUGACGCUUUCUGGCUGGAAAUCAAUGAGAGGCCAUUAAAGCGCCCUCUGGUGGAUUUUGCGAAUCUGUCUAUCUCGGAUAACGUCACUCAGAAAGAGGAAUUGAAUGCCAAGAAGGUUUUUGUUCAACAUGUGGAGACAAUAAGCAUCCCUGAGGUUACCUUUAAUGUUGUGCAGUCUUUCGUGGACCCUGGUUCUAGUGGUGCAUCUGAAUGCAAAUCAAAAGUUGUGGAACGGAAAGAUUUAUUGAAGAAGGACCAUAAACAAGACCAGCUGUUGCUUAAAGCUAAAGAAAAGCAUGAGUCUGCUGCAAAAAAUGCCCGAUUUGAACAAAUAUGGAAGAGCAGGAGGGGAAACAAGGAAUCUGUGCAUGCCAAAGCAUUACAAGAAAUAUGCUACUUCUAUGAUGUUGUUCGUGUUGAUGAAGAGAAAAAUAACAAGGCACAGCAAGAACAUAUGUCCUUGGAGGAUCAAAGACUUCUGUGUAGUUACCUCCCUUUACUAAAUGAGUUUAUUCCUAAUGCUGCUGCGGAGAUUGAAUCUGAUAUGCGAGCUCAUUGUGAACAAGAUGAUUACGUUUAUGAUAUUUACACUGUGAACGGGGAGAUGGAUACAACGGUUGAAGAUACUUCAUAUUCCUAUCCUCUAGUUCAAGUUGAUGAAGAUGAUUAUUAUGAUGGGCCUGAAGAGUCAGAUUAUGAAAGUGAUGACUCAAAUGCUGAAAACAAUCCAUUGAAUGAUUAUCCGGACGAGAUAUCUGAAGAGGAAGAGGAAGAUGAAGAAAAUGAAGCCUCCGAUAAUGAUUCAGAUCAACGUGAAAGCAAGAAUGCUAGUGAUGAAUCAUCAGAGGAGGAUUUUCGUCACGUUUUCUCCGAGGAUGUUGAUGUUGAUCCAUUUAAUGAUGAGGACUUUGAUGAUGAUUAUGAUGUAGGCGACCACGAUAUUGAUGGUGUGGAUGAUGAGGAUGAUGAGGAUUUGAGGUGGUCUUACCGAUAGGUUGGCUUUAGCAGUCCGGGACAUCCUAACAGCACAGAGCAUCAAAAUGGUUGUUCAUGGACGUGCGUGUAUAUCGUAGAUGAACAUAUUUAGAACUCAUGAUAUCCGGGUUGCAGAUGAGUUUAACCCUAUGCCCUGUUUUUUACUUCAUCUCAUCCAAAAUAUAGGACUAACCUUUACUGUUUUUGAAGUUUUUUCUGCUAGUAUUCACUUUCUUUAAUUUGCCCACUUUUCCUUCCAUCCAAAUAUAUAUUAGUGUGUAUUUGGCUUUCAGAGAAUAGAUUUUGGGGGAAUUAAUCGCUAUGAAAAGGCUGUAUUAAUGGGCUUUGUUCCAGAUUAUGGUCCUA